AUGUCUGUCGAGGAAGACGCCACCGUUAGGGAGCCACUGGAUCUGAUUCGACUGAGUAUUGAAGAGAGAAUCUACGUCAAGCUCCGAUCCGACCGCGAACUCCGUGGCAAGCUACACGCUUUUGAUCAGCAUUUGAAUAUGAUUUUGGGUGAUGUUGAAGAGGUUAUCACGACUGUAGAAAUCGACGACGAGACAUACGAAGAGAUUGUUCGUAAAUUGAAAAGAAAGGUUCUGUUUCUAUUUGUGAGAGGAGAUGGAGUGAUCUUGGUGUCGCCGCCUUGA